AACGGCCCGCCAGACUGUGGCCGUUCUAGCGCCUGCGGUGCCCUCCGGGACCCGACAUUUGUCAGCGAGACAGCAUUUCCUUGGCGUCAGUCAGCGUUGUCGCGCAAGAGAUAAAGUCGGAGGAGGUUAACGAACCCCUCGAACGCGCCACUGCCGGGGAGAUUGUCUUCGUCUUCUCCGAGAUGUACAGAACCAAAGUGGGCUUGAAGGACCGCCAGCAGCUGUACAAGCUGAUCAUCAGCCAGCUGCUCUACGAUGGCUAUAUUAGCAUUGCUAAUGGCCUCAUCAACGAAAUCAAGCCGCAGUCCGUCUGUGCGCCCUCGGAGCAGCUCCUACAUCUCAUCAAACUAGGAAUGGAAAACGACGAUACUGCAGUUCAGUAUGCAAUUGGUCGUUCAGAUACAGUGGCCCCUGGCACGGGGAUUGACCUGGAAUUUGAUGCCGACGUCCAAACUAUGUCCCCAGAGGCUUCAGAGUACGAAACGUGCUAUGUCACAUCCCACAAAGGCCCCUGCCGCGUAGCCACCUACAGCAGAGACGGGCAGUUAAUAGCCACCGGAUCUGCCGAUGCUUCCAUCAAGAUACUUGACACGGAAAGAAUGUUGGCCAAGAGUGCCAUGCCAAUAGAGGUCAUGAUGAAUGAGACUGCACAACAGAACAUGGAAAACCACCCAGUGAUCCGAACGCUUUAUGACCACGUGGAUGAAGUCACAUGUCUCGCUUUCCACCCAACAGAACAGAUCCUUGCCUCUGGUUCCAGGGAUUAUACUCUGAAGUUAUUUGAUUAUUCCAAACCAUCUGCAAAAAGAGCCUUCAAGUACAUUCAGGAAGCUGAAAUGCUACGCUCGAUCUCUUUUCAUCCUUCCGGAGACUUUAUACUCGUUGGGACUCAGCAUCCUACUCUUCGGCUUUAUGAUAUCAACACGUUUCAGUGUUUUGUCUCUUGCAAUCCUCAAGAUCAACACACCGAUGCUAUAUGCUCCGUUAAUUACAAUCCCAGCGCCAACAUGUAUGUAACCGGUAGCAAGGACGGCUGCAUCAAGCUGUGGGAUGGUGUCUCGAAUCGAUGCAUCACAACCUUUGAGAAGGCGCACGAUGGUGCUGAAGUUUGUUCUGCCAUUUUCUCCAAAAAUUCCAAGUACAUUCUCUCCAGUGGAAAAGACUCCGUAGCUAAACUUUGGGAGAUAUCAACAGGACGAACACUGGUCAGAUACACAGGGGCCGGCCUGAGCGGACGGCAGGUGCACCGGACGCAGGCCGUGUUCAACCACACCGAGGACUACGUGCUGCUGCCGGACGAGCGGACCAUCAGUCUGUGCUGCUGGGACUCCCGUACCGCCGAGCGUCGGAACCUGCUCUCCCUGGGCCACAACAACAUCGUGCGCUGCAUAGUGCACUCGCCCACCAACCCCGGCUUCAUGACGUGCAGCGACGACUUCCGAGCCCGGUUCUGGUACCGGCGAUCCACCACGGACUAGCCCGCCUUCCUUGCCCCGGGUUCUUUUCUCGAGGACUGUGCCCCUGCCCCCACCGGGUCCCGUCACCAGCUUCGGUAGUAAGUCACCGCGCCAUCUGGCGGUUGUGCCGCCACCCCUCCGUCCUUGGAUUUGUACGAAAGAAUCUUUUUUUACCUUGAUGCGGAAUCAUGGUGGGAAAAGUGGGAAACGCAGAUCCGUGCGGUUGCUCUGCAUUCACUGAUUAUCACAGUGUGAUUUUCAUCGGUUUUGUAAAUACAGGACUUGCCACUUCUCUUGAAUCUCUUGAUCAUUUGAGGAAAGGUAGAGUUUUCAAGUGCUUUCUCGAUCUCCAGUGGAUCUGUCGUGAGGGAUUUUCAUCCGGUGGUUCUGUCGACUUCUGUGCCUCUUCUACACACACCCUCUUUGUGUCUUUCUUUUCAGGACACAUUUUGGCAGGUAGGUAGGCCUGCAGCUCUGAGAAUCCAGAGCGUCGUGCCGUGUUAAAACCAGUUGAGAGAAUCCAUCAGUCCUCUCCUGAAAUGAUACCAUUCUGAUAAUAAAGCUCAGAUCUGCAGCUUUA